CUUCCAUUAACAAAAACGAUUCUAAAGAUACAAUAAUUCAACAAGUCCAUCGAAGCCAUCCCACAAAUUUGCAAUUUCCAUCACUUUGAAACUAGUAUAUGCCCCAACUACUUCAUCUUCAUACGAUUAAAUAAAGCACAAAUGCCUCCGGCGCCUAGCCAGAAAGGCACUGGCAAGAAGAAUGCCGGUGUCAUGGGGAAGCGCAGUCGCAAUACUACUCCUAUGGCGAGCUUACCCUCUAGUGCCAAUAUCCCACCUGUCGAAAUUAUUGAAACCGAGUUCCUAGACCUCAGAUUAGAGUCGGUUCGUAAUAUAUCAUAUGAUGAUCUAGUCGAUUCCAGUGCCUCCAACGCUGUUAUUCCCGAUUCCAAGAGCCUCGAUGGUUUAAUUACGCGACUCGGAAAACUAAACGAAAUAAUCGAACGACGUGGGACUUGGUGUGAUAAAGGGAUGCGUUUAGUUGCUAGUCAGAGAAAGGAUUAUUACGACGAAGUGGCUGCUGCUGGUAGAAGAGAUGACGCACGUAGGGAUGGUGGAGAGGAUUCGGAGAGAAGAGCCAACAAGAAGAAGAGGAAAGCGAAUGAUAAUCUCGCACCUGGAGAUGCGCAUACAGAACGAUCUUCUCCCUUACGCGACCCCACCAAACCUCGUAAGCCUUCGCGAGAUAACGAUUCGGCCAGCUCUUCCCUUUCGCCUGUCACAGCCGCAACGCCUGGCGCGAUGGAAGUAGAUGAGAAAGCGAGACUCGACAAUAAGGUCGAAGAAGACUCCGAUUCCGAGGAUGAAGGCGCCCCCCCUCGUCGAGAAGCCCCUCAAUAUCAGACCUUCGGCGAAGACCCUUCGACAUUCCCCGAUCCUACCGUCUACGAGAUACGCCCAACUUCACCCGGCAUGCCCGUCGACGAGCUCAAAGAACUAUACUCUGUUGCCGUCUUUCCCAAGUCAGACCUCGCCGAUAUGAUUGCUGGUGAUCCGCCCGACAAGGACUUUAGUAGUGCCAAGCCGUCGAAUCAGAUCAGUUUCAGCACCUUUUCCACAUAUGUCGAACCCUACUUUCGCCCGUUUACCGAAGAGGACUUGGCUUUCUUGCGCGAACGUGGCGAUCGACUAACCCCCUUCGUCAUGCCUAAGCGGGGCAAGAAACAUUACACUGAAAUAUGGGCAGAAGAAGAGGGCGCUAUGGCAAUCGACUCAACCUCGCCGAGUAGGGAUAAGCUUGCCCCCAACCAAUCGCGCGGCACCAUCGAUAACAUGGAUGACGAUGUUGCGGAAACGGAUAAGUUGUCAGUUGGUCCCGUCUUGUCACGAUUGCUACAAGCUAUGCGCCCCGAGGCUCGUGCUCAGCCUAGCGAGGACAAACCGAUGACGAACGGAGUCAAUGGAGAUACCGAGAUGAAAGAGGAGACUAAUGGCGACUCAAAUCCUGGAGCGGCAGGCGAGGAAAAUAAAAGCGUCCCCCCAGCCACCUUCAUGACAGAAUCAUCAACGGAAGCCUGGAAGAAGGCUACGCAUCCUAAACUAGACUAUUCCCAGGUAGACGAACGUAUUAAACUAGAACUGCGCAACAUAGGUUUCCUUCCUCUAGAAGGGUUCGACGGCGACUACGAUGGGCACUAUGAUGAUGAAGUUGCUGCUCGCUUACGCCUUCUACAAGACAAACUCCGGGAGCAAAUGCUUCUCAAUGGCGCACGCAAAGCUCGACUUACAGAUCUUGUAAAGGAAAGGAUGGCUCAUCAAGAAUACACAACCAUUCUUGAGGACCUGGACACUCAAGUUCAGGGAGCGUACCUCAAACGGACGCGUACGAUGGGCAAGAGUAAGAAGGCGAAGCGGCCAGGUGGUGCAGGUGGAGGAAGUCACCCAACUGGAGGUGGUGCAGCAGGCAUGGCUCGACCAGGCAUCGGUGAUGUGACCAAGACACUUAUGGAACGUCGACGAAGAUGGAUCGAGAGUAUAGGUCCGGUGUUUAACGACCCCAACCUCGGCAAAGUUCCUCGUUCUUCAAACUCCAACAGUACUAUCUUCAAACCCGAGAUGAUGACCAAUCUUAUGAAGAAGGAGCGUCAGGCUUGGGAUGAGGAAGUUGACGAGGAAUAGAAAUAUUUGGGUUGGAGGGGUACAUAAGUAUUCUAAGAGUUUCGACAAGUACAUUUGUGCGUCAUGAUACCAAAGGUGGCGUUCGGUGGCUUGGCCUCUAGGUUUCUAGAGGGACGAGGGUGGAGUUGAGAUGAGUUCGAUGGUUAUGUGACUUGCAUUGCUUGGUACGAAGGAAGUUUUCGCUGCUGCACCUCUAUAGGGACUGCGAUAAUAGCCCAGCCAACAAGUUAAGCCUAAACUACGCAUACGCUACCUAGGUAGUUAGUCAAAUAAAAAAUGACUAUAGAUUUAUGGUUGAGUCUAUAAUUUAGACCUCCACAUUAUUGAGA